AUGCACCGGGCCACACCAUCUCCGGCGCCGCGGCAUUCGACCCCGUCGCCGCCUCCGGGAACUUCCAGUGAGGCGAUGGCCGAGGCCACCGCGGCGGCAACAAUUAUGAGUGCCAACCAGUUCAAGCUACUGUACCUCAUCAGUCUGUACGCCGUGGCGUCCAACUCUACUCGCCAGAAUGAACGCUGGAUUCGACACGUACCUCUGCUGGUGCUGAUGUUUGAGGGCAUCCUCUGUGACGCCUUCGAUUUUGACUACGCCCCAGCUUCAAUGCGCCUAUCCUUCAAGGGCAAGACGCUGCGACGCUGGAUUAACUUUUCACGAGAAGGCAAAGCGGCAAUUGAUGAUCUCUGGGCGCUGCGCCUUAUCAACGGACUCAAACUCUCUAGUGACGAUUUCCAGCCCAUUACAGCGUACCAGGUUUCGAUAAAGGGGCAAUUAGCACUGCGUCUGCUACCUCGAUAUUUCCAGGACACUGUGGAUGCCUUCCUGUAUCCCCCAGCACCACUGGAGCGACGACUGCUUGUUGCUCGAUACGACGGGCAACAUUUUGUUCUACGGUCAGGAGGCUUCAGCAAGCGCAGUAGUAUCACAGAGAGCGACGACGUAUCGUAUGUAUCAAGUCCGUUCUUACCACGUUGUCUUCGAUCGCGGUCUGGUGGGUACUAUAAGGUUCAGGAGCGAAGUAACGCGGAUAGAGCUCGAGAGUGCGCCUUGGGGGCCACUAGUAUCACCAAAACAACGUCCGAAGCUCUGACGUUAGGAGACGUUUACGCACUCAUCGGUGAGUGGGUUCCCUUCGGCACGAACCAAAUUGUAGCGUUGAAUGAGCGUAUGGGAGUGUUGGAUCGAUGUCAGGGUGGGAUUCUCACGAGUUGCGUGGACAGUAAUCCCACUGACACGCAGUUUCGCGUCCCUGUAGGACAGACACAGGUCCGGGUUCUGGACUAUGACUUUGUGCGCUUCACCAACUUUGAAGCGGAGAGCCAUUUCCCAGAGACCCCGGGGAUCGUACAGAUUGAGAAUUUUGGCAUGCACCUGAAUAGCGAUGGCUCGCUCAUUUACGGCAUCAAAGUGGAGGCCAUCAUGGAUCGAUUGGGCGACGACGUGGCUAUUGACCACCUCUCGCGCCUUCUAGUGGACGUACAUCAGGACUCGUCCAUGCUGGUGAAUGACCUUCUCUCUCGCUAUCAAUUGAGUCUACUAGAAAUGCUCUAUCUCGGAGACUCUUUCCAACGCAAUAAGUACAACUGUAUACUUAGCAAACAGAUCCAGCCCAAGUUACCGGCACAGGCCUAUGUUUGUGAUCCUCGCUACGCUAACGAACUCGCCCAAGUACUCGGAGAUAUUCACGCCAGCCACGACUUAACUCCGGACGACGUGCUAGUAGUGGGGAAAGCUGGCUGUUUGUUCUCCGGUCCCAAUGUGUUUCGAUACGAACACGUCUUCACGUCCUACGUCGGUCUAGUAUGUCGUGAUAUUUUCAUCAAGAAUUUCUUUGCGAGAACUUUCGUACUAGACGCAACACUGAAGGAAAUCCGGCAGCUGAUUCACCGAGUGCAUCGCGAACCGGCAACUGUCUUGCUAGUCCGUGAGAAGCUCUCGGCCGUCUCGAAAGACACGAUUCUACUAGCUGAGACGCUCGAGUACCUCUUAGACUCGCUCGAGAACGUCGAUCUCUCACCUUCUCAUUGCUCCGAUGACCUUGAAGACAGUGGAGAUGAAACUAUUGAUGGCGUCAGAAGGCGAACAUUUCUCGGUUCACCGGAAUCGGAUGUGGACGCAAAGCUGUUCCAGGUCUUAGCAUUGCCGCAGCUCAAGGCGCAGACGAUCAUGCGGUGCCAUGACUCGAUUAAGCUGAUGGAGAACACAAUGCUGCAACUGGAGCAACUCCAGAUGAUCGCUGAGUCGACUGCAACAAACCAGCUUGAGGUGGCGUGCUCACGUGUAAACUUGAAUACGCGCGCACUGAUGACGGCGACGGCACACCAAACCAGAAUGUCCGUAACACUUCAGGCCCUACAGUACUUUGUUGGCGGUAUUUUCCUGUUCGACGUGAUCGAUCGACUUACUGGAGGUACAUGGAACGGUCACAUCCCAGUGUGGGCGAUGAAAUCCCUCAUCAACCCAGUCCUCCACCACCCGCUUCUCUGGUUUGUCAUCAAUCUGUUGAUCUUUGCGGCGUUUGUUGCGGCGUUGAAGUUGGUAUCCGAUUGGAUCAUACGGUGCUCACUUGGUUGGUGUGAAGCAUCUUACGAAGUCAAUAGAAGAAUUUCGCCCGCUAAACUCGACGCGUAUCUAAAACCUCGAGGCGCCAGUCGAUUCCGACUGUUGAAAUGGCAGGAAACAGAUGCAGCGCUCUGGGGAGGCGUCCUGCCUGAGAUUGAACUCUCUUUUGACGAUAGGCACGGGUUUCUACUGUUCGUAUUACUGCGUUUUGAUGGCAAACGUUCAUCGCGAAUAUUAGAAGAAGAGUGCUACCAGAGAUUUUUGGAGAUUUUCACGCGGGCUGAGAUUCUGCUGGAAGACCCGCUGCCAUGA